AUGGGGCGCCGAGUCAGAGGUUCCGCUGCUUUGGUGGCUGGGGCAGGUCUAUGUCUGGUGCCCGGAGUUCUUUUUGUUCCCUCCCUGUCGUCGCCAUCCUCAACCCCCCGCGUGGCGCCUGUCUCGAAUCCGUCUGUCCGAGCUCUUGGACAAGGUGAGUCUGGCCUGAUGAGCUUCGUGGGUGCCGCCACAACGGCAGCCCUGGCUGUUUGCGUGGGACGCGUCACGCGCGCCGCAGAGCCUGUCGAGGCAGCUGCGACUCCAGACGAGAAAGCAGCAGAUGCCGAGGCGGCGGCAUCAACGACGAGCACUGCGACUGAGGAGAGCGAAGCGCCAACAGAGAGCGCAGACGAGGAAGCACCGAAGGGGUUCGACCUCACCAAGCAGGUGGGAGCCACACCUCCACUGGGCUUUUGGGAUCCUGCGAAUCUCUGCAAAGGGGAUGAGGCAAUCUUCCGGAGGUAUCGGACAGCGGAGUUGAAGCACGGCAGGGUUGCGAUGAUGGCUGCUCUCGGUGCUGUGUUCCAGCAUUACGUGACCUUUCCUGGGUUUGAUGAUGUGCCUCGUGGAAUCGAAGCCAUUUCGUCUGGACCGGGUGGCGUGGGUUUCCUUCUCCUCAUAGCGCUCGGAGGUUACCUGGAGACAGGGAAGUUCAAGCAACAAGAGGGCAAAGAGCCAGGCGACUUUGGUGAUCCUUUGGGCCUCGUUGAAAAGAACGUGGGGCAGUAUGACCUCGAAUGGCGAAACCGAGAAAUCAACAAUGGGCGCUUUGCCAUGUUUGCUGCGAUUGGAAUCAUCGCUGCCGAGAAUGAAACAGGUCUGGACGCUGUCGAGCAAAUCUUUGGCCUUUGA